UUAAAAUAAUUGUGUUGUUAAUAGUUAUGAGUCCAUCUUGUACAAUUACCUGAUACAUAAUAAACAUUUUCUCUAGAAUCAUUUGCCGUUUAAUUUUUACAUCUCAUAUUUUGAUACUCAGUAACAAUUUGACCCAAUCUUCUUUGGUUAUGUCACGUUAUGUGCAUGUUACAAAACGUAUGAGAAACGGUGUAGGUUAAUAAUAUCGCGUGUCAAAGGAUUAAAUAGUAUUUAUUCAAUAACGAGUACAAAAAAAAAUAGUUAAUAUGUCAAUAAUAAUAUCUUUACAGCAUAAUAUUAAGUUACAUCCGUUAUUAUCUCACACUUCAUACGUUUGGAAAAAUUUACGGUUGUUAUCAUCGUAUAUGAAAUAUGCAGAACAUAAACCAUUGGAAAAAAUUCGUAAUAUUGGUAUAUCAGCUCACAUUGAUUCUGGAAAAACCACCUUGACAGAACGUAUAUUAUAUUAUACCGGAAGAAUAGAGAAAAUGCAUGAAGUAAAAGGUAAAGAUAAUGUUGGAGCAACAAUGGACAGUAUGGAAUUGGAGAGGCAAAGAGGCAUUACAAUUCAAUCUGCUGCAACUUAUACUCUAUGGAAAGAUUACAAUAUUAAUAUUAUUGAUACCCCUGGUCAUGUUGACUUCACCAUAGAAGUAGAACGAGCUUUACGUGUUUUAGAUGGAGCUAUACUUGUAUUAUGCGCUGUAGGUGGUGUUCAAUCACAGUCAAUAACCGUAGAUCGACAAAUGAAGAGGUACAAAGUACCUUGCUUAGCAUUUAUUAAUAAACUAGAUCGAAUGGGAGCUAAUCAUCUCAGAAUUUUGGAACAAUUGCAAGGAAAAUUAAAACAUAAUGCUGCAUUUGUUCAAUUGCCUAUCGGUCUAGAAAGUGAUAAUAAAGGAAUAAUAGAUUUAAUUUCUCAAAAAGCUUUAUAUUUUGAAGGAAAUUUUGGUGAAAUUGUGAGAGAAGAUGAUAUCCCAGCUAAUAUGAGGACUGAAGCACAAGAUAGGAGGCAAGAAUUAAUUGAAAAAUUAAGUAACGUAGAUGAAAAACUUGGAGAUAUGUAUUUAAAUGAAGCAAAAGUACUGGAAACUGACAUAAAAGAUGCUAUUAGAAGAAGUUGUAUAAAAAGAACAUUCACACCUGUGUUUCUUGGAACUGCUUUAAAGAAUAGAGGUGUUCAGCCACUAUUGGAUGGAGUUCUGGAUUAUUUACCCAAUCCAGGAGAAGUAGAAAACUAUGCUCUUCAAGAGGACAAUAAUGGAACUACUAAAGUUCUGUUAAAUUCUGAGAGGAGCAAUAAUUUUCCCUUUGUUGGAUUGGCAUUCAAAUUAGAAGCUGGUAAAUUUGGUCAGCUUACCUAUUUUCGUUGUUACCAAGGAACCUUGAGGAAAGGGGAAUUUUUAUAUAAUUCUAGAACAAAGAAAAAGGUUCGAGUUCAAAAAUUAGUAAGACUUCAUGCAAAUCAAAUGGAAGAUGUGACAGAAAUUUAUGCUGGCGAUAUAUUUGCUUUGUUUGGUAUCGAUUGUGCAUCGGGUGACACGUUUAUUAGCAAUACAAAUUUGAAUUUAUCGAUGGAAUCUAUUUAUGUUCCUGAACCUGUAGUAUCUAUGUCCAUUCAAGUAAAGGAUACAAAAAAUAGAGAGGUUUUCGCAAAGGGUAUUAGUCGAUUUACGAAAGAAGAUCCUACUUUCAGAUACGCCUAUGAUGCAGACAACAAGGAGUCUCUAGUUUCUGGAAUGGGAGAAUUGCAUUUAGAAAUUUAUGCCCAAAGGCUUGAACGCGAAUAUAAUUGUCCUAUAAUUCUUGGAAAACCAAAAGUUUCAUUCCGUGAAACAUUGCGCACACCUUUUAAAUUCGAUUACCUUCAUAAAAAGCAAUCAGGAGGAGCUGGGCAAUUUGCUCGAGUUAUUGGCAUAGUAGAGCCUUUACCCCCUGAACGUAACACCGAAGUUGUAUUCGCAGAUGAAACGGUGGGAACCAAUGUUCCAAAACAAUUCAUUCCCGGAGUAGAAAGAGGUUUUAGAUUUAUGUGUGAAAAGGGAUUAUUAAGUGGUCAUAAACUAGCAGGCAUUAAAUUUCGAUUAAUCGAUGGUAUGCAUCACUGUGUUGAUUCUUCGGAGUUUGCAUUCUUUCUAGCCGCGCAAGGUGCAAUGAGGGACGCGUUUAUGAACGGUUUUUGGCAACUUUUAGAACCAAUUAUGUUAGUCGAAGUUACUGUUCCAUUAGAGUAUCAGGGAACAGUUACGGCUCAGUUAACUAAACGACGAGGUCUAAUAAAUGAUACGGAUGCUAGUGAAGGAUGGGUUGUUUUAACGGCAGAAGUUCCGUUGAAUAAUAUGUUUGGUUACAUAGGUGAAUUAAGGUCCACUACCCAAGGAAAAGGAGAAUAUACGAUGGAAUAUGCGCGUUACACACCUUGUCUACCAGAAGUAGAAGAACAAGUAAUAAGAGAAUAUCGUAUAGCGAAUAAUAUUGUGUGUGAAGCGCAAAAGUCAAAAAAUUAAUUAAGUUACAAAUAUUGACUUAGGGAUUAUUUUGAAUUGUUCCGUGAUGUAUGGAAUGUGUGCGAUGAAUGUGAAACGACCGAAUGUAAGCAAUAGUAAUAAAUGUAAUUUAAUUAUAACAAUGACAAAACAGAAAAACAAUUUUU